GAAUUUCCAAGAUGUAUUCUUUUUAAUUCGAGCAUUUUAUUUCGUACUAGAUUUAGAUAAUCAUAAGUUUUAGGUAUAAAAUACCCGAUUAACUUUCAAUCAUGUAUAAGAAUUCCGGAACUAAUUUCGCCUCUCUAAAUCCGGCCAAUAUUAAACAGUGGUUGGAUUCGUUUGACACAGUGCUAACGGAUUGUGAUGGCGUUAUCUGGGUAGACAACGAGCCGCUACCAUUGGCGAAGGAUGUUAUUAAUAAGUUCAUCGACAAUGGCAAACAGCUGUUUUUCGUGACCAACAAUUCUACCAAGACGCGGCCUGAGUUCGUAGCAAAAUCUCUGAAGCUCGGCUUCAAUGUUGGUGUUGAAAACAUCAUCUCUACUGCCUAUCUGGCGGCCCAGUACUUGAAAGCCAAAAAUUUUACCAAAAAGGUAUAUGUGAUAGGAUCUACUGGAAUCACGCGGGAGCUGGAUGCCGUUGGAAUUCGGCACAUCGGCAUCGGGCCGGAUAAUCUACAGGGCUCCCUGGCAGAAGCAGUUCAGCAGUUUAAUCCGGACCCGGAAGUCGGGGCAGUCGUUGUGGGUUUUGAUGAACAUUUUAGCUUCAUCAAAAUGAUGAAGGCGGCUUCGUAUUUAAACAAUGCGGAAGUUCUGUUCAUUGGAACCAACACUGACGAGCGCUUUCCGAUGCCGGAUUGUGUAAUUCCCGGUACGGGUAGCAUCGUCAAUGCGGUCACAACCUGUGCCGAACGAUUGCCGACGGUGAUGGGAAAACCCAAUAAAUAUAUCUGCGACAUCCUGGAACAGCAGUACAAGGUGAAUCCGGCGCGUACGUUAAUGAUCGGAGAUCGAUGCAAUACCGAUAUUUUGCUUGGAAAAAACUGCGGUUUUCAAACGCUGCUGGUAGAGACGGGAAUUCAUAAAGCUGCGGAUGUAAAGCAGUACGCCGAGUCGGACGAUCCCGAGACUAGAAAAUUGGUGCCUGAUGUGUAUGCUAGCAAACUAGGAGAUCUGCUACCCUAUCUCUAAAGAUAUAGUUUAUAGUAGAUGCAGAUUUGCUUAAAUAUCAGUAAUUAGCUGAAUAGAAUCGCAUUGAGCAGAGUUACAAUAAACCCCUAGCUGCUGAAAAAACAAUUUGUUAUAAGUAAAUACAUCCAGUGUUUUAAUGAUAAAACAA